AUGGACGAAAACGAGAAUCAAGAUCAGACAACCACAACGUCCGCUGAGACAAUAGAGACGACCGUCUCCGUCGAACCCGCAAAUGCUGGCCUCGAUUUGCCUUCACCUGAAAAAGAAAUCGUUGCUCAAGAAGAAGCAAUUGAACAGAUAGCUGACAAACAAUCACCCGCAACUGAGACGCACAGCGCUGACCCCCCUACAACAGCUGUUGACGAGCAGUCAAAGAUCCAAACUGAAAUAACACCUGUCGCAGAAUCCUCUACGAAUGCAGAGGAACCGGUGGUAAAUGCGAAUAUUGCUGGGACCAGCUCCGCGUUUAACGAUGCGAUGGCAAAGGGGGUUAAGCGUCCUCAUGACGAUAGCUACAUGUCACAUAUUUCAAGAGAUAAACGAGAUGAUCAUCGCGAUGAUUACAGGAGAGAUUCACAUAGCCGGCGGGAGAGAAAUCGAUAUGAUGAUUAUGGUCGUGAGUCUAAGAGAGCUAUUUAUGACAGUGGAUCAUCCCGUCCUGAUUAUGAAAGCGGAAGUAGACACCGUUACGGUCUUGGAAGUGAGGAACGUCAUAGACAACAUGGAUCACAUUAUGGUCCUGGAGACUCAUUACGUUCAGGGCACAUUCUCGAGGAAUUCUCCGUGCCUAACGUGGUCGUAGGAUUGGUCAUUGGGCGGGGUGGUGAAAAUCUAAAGAGGAUAGAAAAGACUACAGGAGCGAGAGUUCAAUUUUCACAAGAUCAACCUCCCGACUGUAUUGAUAGACGUGUCUCUAUAUCUGGACCGCCAGAGGAAGUUAGGAGUGCACGCUCAAUGAUUCGAUCCCUAGUAGAUGAUGCUCUCGCCAGCCAAGCAAAUCGUCGUAGUGAUUAUGGGCCUAGUCGCGCUACUGUUACUAUUCAUAUUCCAAGCAGUAAAGUUGGCGUUGUAAUAGGCCGUGGUGGUGAAACGAUACGUGAUUUGCAAGAUAGAAGUGGAGCGAGAAUAAAUGUUACUCCAGAUAAUGCUGCUAAUCCUCAAUCUACAGAUCGUCCGGUAACUUUGAUCGGUGAUGAUGCUGCAAUACAGAGAGCAAAAGCGUUGAUUGAUGAAAUUAUUAAGGGAGGAGAUGCUGCUCUGGAUAGGCCAACACCUAGAGAAUAUGGCAGUUCCAGUUAUGGCGGUAGUAUGUAUGGCGGUGAGAGUCACGGAAACAGCUACGAGAGUCACUAUGGUUCAGGAAGUCAAUAUGGAGGAUCUGGGGGGAAGUCUUCUCAGGAAAAGAUAACUAUUCAAGUGCCGAAUGAUACAGUCGGAUUGAUAAUUGGGAAGGGCGGUGAGACAGUUAAGGCGCUUCAACAGCAAUCGGGAGCCAAGAUUCAAAUAGAACCUGACCACGGACCACCGACGGCGGAUAGAAAUGUACACAUAAUCGGGACAUCUGAGACUGUUGCUAUUGCGAAAUCUUUAAUUCUUGAAAAAGCUGCGUCUGGAAAUCGUGACAGGCCCCGACAUCAGGACCAUGGAAGAAGUGGCGGAUACCAACAGAGCGGAAGUGGGUAUCAACAAAGCGGGAGUGGAUAUCAACAAUCAGGAAGCUAUUCGCAGGGCAGCAACUAUCAGCAAACUAGUGGAUAUCAGCCGAAUAGUAAUUACCCACAGACGAGUGGAUACCAGCAAAGCAAUUAUCCACAGAGCAGCAACUAUCAGCAGGGUACUGGAUAUCAACAAACUAGUUAUACACAAAGUAGUUAUCCGGUGCAGACGUCGCAGCAGAAUACUUACGGGCAAACCAAUACAAGUAGUGAUUAUAACCCAUCAUUAUCUAGUGGUUAUACAGCUACGACAUACGCGUCCUCCGGAGUGCAACCGUCAACUAAUUAUAGUCAAUAUAGUGGUUACGGUCAGACUCCAGCUACUUAUAGUCAAUAUCAAACACAACCACAGUAUAGUUCAUAUCCACAACAAUCACAAUAUGGUCAACAGCAACCAACAGUUGGACAGACCGCAGCACAGUCAACGGGACAACCAGCAAGUACAGGACAACCAGUCAAUCAGAUACUAAGUCAGCCACUGGCUCAGUCUCAAGCUCCGUUCACUAAGACAGGUUAUUAUCCAACUCAACCAACGCCCGCCGAUUCUAGUAAACCAGUCCAAGGAGCUGAAGUCAAACAAGAUUCGACAACAGUAUCUACAGCGUCACAAUAUGGGUAUCCACAAUAUCAGUAUAAUUACAGCGCAACCCAAUCAACCCCAUCUCAGUAUACAAGCAUAACCAACCAACCAGCCUCUACAGCUCAAGGCACUUAUUCAACGUCGACCACAUCAUAUACGCCGGCCGCGACGACCAUACACGCGACAACCAACACACAGGGUACUGGUGAUCAAACAUCCCCGCAACCGACGUAUUCAGAUAGGUGA